AUGUCCGGAUAUGGUAAAUACGUGAAUAAUAUUCUUGACGGCAUUGAAGAGCCUGAUUCCGGACUUUUUCCUGGGCUGUCCACCGAGCUGCUAUCCACCCUCGAUGACAUUCCCUUCGGCGAUAUCCCAUGGUCGUCGUUCAAGAUUCGCUGGUCUGGUCCUCUUACCGCGACAUCGCCUGCAUGGAAGAAACAAAGCUACGUUGUACACACGCGCGACCCGCUUGCAACCCUCGAAAACACUCUUGGCAACACUGAAUAUAAGAAUAAGAUUGACGUGUGUGCGUACAAGGAGUUCACGCCCGGUGGGAAGCAAAGGUGGUCUAAUUUCAUGUCGGGGCUGUGGGCUUGGAAAGAGUCGAGCAAGAUCGCGCAGGAUCCAAUAGCCCGUGGUGCGAUGCUUGCCACAGCUGUCGUCGGCGCUGAUAAGACGACCGUAUCGGUUGCAAGCGGUGAUCAGGAGUUCCACCCCGUGUACGUCUCGCUGGGGAACCUACACAAUGACGCACGGCGUGGGCAUGGAGAGUCAGUGAUCCCAUUGGCAUUUCUAGCCAUUCCCAAAGGUUCAAAUGAAGAUGAGAAUGACGCCGAAUUCCGUAUUUUCAAAAAGCAGAUCUACCACCGAUCCCUCGCGCAUAUCUUCGAGCCUCUCAGGCCGUGGAUGACGACCCCGCGCGUGACGCUCUGCCCAGACGGUCACUUUCGCCGGGUGAUCUACUCGCUCGGACCGUUCAUCGCUGACUACCCAGAGCAAGUCUAUCUCUCUGGGGUUGUCCAAGGGUGGUGUCCCAAAUGUUUUGCUCCCCCCGACGAGCUUGGAGAAGGAGAUCUGCGGUUCCGAGAGGUGACACAGCUCAUAAAGGACACAUACUCACAUGAUCCCGACAUUCUGUGGGAUGCAUUUGGCAUUGCACCGGGGGUUAAGCCUUUCACGGAUUAUUUUCCGCGUGCAGAUAUUCACGAGGCGCUUUCGCCGGAUCUCUUACAUCAGUUAAUCAAAGGUACCUUCAAGGAUCAUCUUGUCGAGUGGGUCGUCGACUACAUCAAGAUGAACAACUCAGCUCGUGAUGCCAACGCAAUCAUUGAUGAUCUUGACCGUCGGCUUCGAUCAGUACCAGCAUUCCCCGGUCUGCGGCGCUUCAAGCAAGGCCGGAACUUCAAACAAUGGACGGGAGAUGACUCAAAAGCUCUCAUGAAGAUCUUUAUCCCAGCAAUAGCCGACGUCGGAGUCCCUGACCGUGUCGUUGAAUGUGUCCGGUCCUUCAUGGAUUUUUGUUACAUCGCUCGGCGGUCUGCUCAUGACGAGGACUCCUUGCACCUCAUGGAGACUCAUCUACGUCGCUUCCACGAGCUUCGUGAGGUCUUCCGCGAGGAAGCUAUUCGUGCAAACUUCGCUUUGCCACGACAACAUGCCCUCAUGCACUACGUGCGAGGGAUCAAGCUCUUUGGCUCUCCAAAUGGUCUCUGCUCAUCGAUUACAGAAUCCAAGCACAUUCGCGCAGUCAAGAAGCCAUGGCGCGCGACAAACAAGAACAACCCACUGCAGCAGAUUCUCAAGAUCAACUGCUGGUUGAGCAAACUUGCCGCUGCACGCUCUGUUUGGGGAGCUCAUGGAUUGCUUCAGUACGACGUCCUCACGGCUGCGCGACACCAUGUCCAUCCGGAGUACUUUGACUCGGAUGACGAUGAAGACAACAAUAUCGGCCCUCACCUGGCUGACGAAGACGAACCCAAUGGAGCAGACGAUGAGGGAGGUGAUGCGGACAAUCGCCACUUCAACGACAUCGCUGACGUUGCAGGCGAACCCGAGCCGCUCUCUAUAGAGUUGGCAAAGAAGCCAGCGUAUUCGCGACCAAUCACACGCCUUGACCUUGACCCGAGGCUCAAAACUCUCUUGCCUGGCCUCAUCCGCCGCUUCCUUUAUGACCAGCUUGACCCUCCAGCAGACUCCGACUCCGACUCUGACAUCGAGCCUGAGGACGUGGACAUCGAGGACUGCCCUCGCUUCCACGGGCAUGUCGCUGUGUAUUACAGCGCACGCGCUCUCUUUUAUGCUCCGAGCGAGCUGUCUGGGCCAGGCGGAAUGCAUUCAGAGGUCAUCCGCAGCCAUCCGCUGUGGUACGGAAAAUACGAGCGGCGUGACACUGUGCUCGUCCAGGAUGGACCCGAUAACGGUCUAAUGGGAGGUAUGAUUGUGGCGCGAGUACUCGCAUUCCUGUCAUUCUCGCACAACGAGAUCAAGUACCCAUGCGCACUCGUUCACUGGCUCCUCCCAGUCGGUGACGCUCCCGACUCCACCACGGGUAUGUGGAUCUUGGAGCCCGAGGUGUUUGAUGGCGAGAGGACUGUAGGCUUAAUACACACAGACUGCAUUGUCCGUCGUCUCCCAGCAGAUUUUGAUUUCUCGUACUCACAUCUCGCUUUCAAACGGUUUUACUUGAACAAAUGGGCUGACUAUCAUGUACACGAAUGUUAUCCUUUGGUUUGA